AUGACGGGGUGUUGCGCUUUUGGGUGCAGCCAGAGUUCUAGUAGUGGAAAGAAGUUGUUCGCCGUUCCGCUUCGGAAAGCCGAUCUGAAGAGGCAGAAGGCAUGGCUCCACAUGAUUGGGAAGAAAAACUUCGUCCCUACCAGAAGCAGCAAGCUUUGUGAGGAUGAUUCUGCAUCGGAUCAGUUUGAACCUCGGAUCUGGCAGAGAUAUGGCAUCAAAAAACUUAAACCAGACGCUGUCCCCACCAAGUUUAGCCAUAGGCUGCCAAAGCCAGUUCGAAGACAAUCGCGAGAAAGGGAAAUGGGAAACGUCCAAGGGGAGCCAAUGCAGGAGGAAGACAGCAUCCAGACGCUUCCAUCUCUGGAUUCAACUGCUGCUCUCACAGCACAAGCCUUGCCCACGCACACAGAGGCACAAUCCAGCAAAGUGCAAAACUGCGACCAGGAGUCUGUGCCUCAGGCGGGACCUCCAGUUGGACUAUCCUGCCAUGUGUAUAUGUGCAGUAUGUACCCAGGAAAUCAUAAAAAAGUAUUGGAAUUUUUGUAAGCGUGCUCUUCUGUGCUUUGGCACGAGCCUUGCCCAUACUCACAGCCGCCCACUCCAGCGAGAUGCAAAGCUGCGACUGGGAGUUUGUGCCCAAUGCGGAUGCUGCAGUUGGUUCACUGCAAGUCUCGGUACAAAAAUCGAACAUGGCAGGCUCCAUCCUAA